AUGGAAGAACAAAGAAUUCUAAAGCUCUUUGGGUUUGUUAAACGUUGCAUAUCUUUGAAUCUUUCAGGAUCUAGAUUUCUCAUCACAUCCACGGGAGCCUUGUAUAUUAUAGAUGUACAGAAUGAAGAUGGAUUGUAUAAUUAUCGAUGUAUCACACGGCACAGAUACACUGGAGAAACACGGCAGAGCAACAGUGCUAGACUUUUUGUAUCAGAUCCAGCAAAUUCUGCUCCAUCUAUUCUGGAUGGGUUUGAACACCGUAAAGCCAUGGCAGGACAGCGAGUGGAGCUGCCUUGCAAAGCAUCUGGACACCCAGCACCAAAGUACCGUUGGCUGAAAGACAACGUUCCCUGGGAGCCUGACAGCAGGUUCCGGCUGACAGUGACAGGCCUGCUGAUAGAAAACACACGCCCAUCAGACUCAGGCAACUAUGUGUGUGAAGUCUGGAACAAUUAUGGUACAGCUGAGGUGAUAGGCCGCUUACACGUGAAACAGCCUCUCAAAGCCACAAUCAGUCCACGGAAAGUUAAGAGCAGUGUGGGUAGUCAAGUGUCCUUGUCCUGCGGUGUGACUGGAACCGAGGACCCUGAACUCUUCUGGUACCGGAAUGGAGAAAUCAUCAAUCCUGGGAACAAUGUGAGGAUCAUUGGGAUCAAUCAUGAGAACCUUAUUAUGGACGGCAUGGCAAAAAGCGAUGGUGGGGCGUACCAGUGUUUUGUACGCAAGGACAAGAUGUCCGCGCAAGACUAUGUUCAGGUGGUGCUAGAAGAUGGAACUCCCAAAAUAAUUUCUGCCUUCAGUGAGAAGGUGGUAAGUCCAGGAGAAGGUGUUUCCUUGAUGUGCAGUGUGAAAGGAACUCCUCUUCCCACAAUCACAUGGACAUUAGAUGAUGAUCCCAUCAUUAAAGAUGGCUCCCACCGGAUCAGCCAGAUCAUCACCUCUGAGGGGAACGUUGUCAGCUAUCUGAAUAUCUCCAGCACUCAGGUCCGAGAUGGCGGGGUCUAUCGUUGUACUGCCAACAACUCUGCUGGAGUCGUCCUGUACCAGGCUCGAAUAAACGUAAGAGGGCCAGCCAGCAUUCGACCAAUGAAAAAUAUUACAGCAAUAGCCGGGCGGGACACCUUAAUUCAUUGUCGUGUCAUUGGCUACCCAUAUUACUCCAUCAAGUGGUACAAGAAUUCUAACCUGCUUCCUUUUAACCAUCGUCAAGUAGCAUUUGAAAACAAUGGAACAUUGAAGCUCUCAGAUGUCCAGAAGGAAGUAGAUGAGGGUGAAUAUACAUGCAACGUUCUCGUUCAACCCCAGCUAUCCACCAGUCAGAGUGUACAUGUGACUGUAAAAGUACCACCUUUUAUCCAGCCUUUUGAGAGUCAACGGUUCUCUAUUGGACAGAGAGUCUUCAUACCAUGCGUUGUGGUCUCAGGGGAUCUGCCAAUCACAAUAACUUGGCAGAAGGAUGGCAGGCCAAUCCCAGCCAGCCUUGGGGUAACCAUUGACAACAUUGACUUCACCAGCUCCUUAAGGAUUUCUAAUCUUUCCCUCAUGCACAAUGGGAAUUAUACCUGUAUAGCUCGAAAUGAUGCCGCCGCCGUGGAGCACCAAAGCCAAUUAAUUGUAAGAGUCCCCCCUAGAUUUGUGGUUCAGCCAAGUGAUCAAGAUGGGAUUUAUGGAAAAGCUGUCAUUCUCAACUGCUCCGCAGAAGGCUAUCCUGUCCCCACAAUUGUCUGGAAGUACUCAAAAGGUGCUGGAGUCCCCCAGUUCCAGCCAAUUGCCUUGAAUGGGCGGAUCCAGCUUCUCACAAAUGGCUCCUUGUUGAUCAAGCAUGUACUGGAGGAAGAUAGUGGAUACUACCUCUGCAAGGUCAGCAAUGAUGUGGGGGCUGACGUCAGCAAGUCCAUGUACCUCACUGUUAAAAUUCCUGCUAUGAUAACCUCCUAUCCAAACACCACCUUGGCAACACAGGGUCAAAAGAAAGAGAUGAGUUGCACAGCACAUGGGGAAAAACCCAUCAUAGUCCGCUGGGAGAAAGAAGACAGAAUAAUUAAUCCUGAAAUGUCCCGCUAUCUUGUUUCCACAAAGGAAGUGGGUGAUGAAGUGAUCUCUACUCUACAGAUUUUGCCAACGGUGCGAGAAGACUCUGGUUUCUUCUCUUGCCAUGCCAUCAAUUCAUAUGGGGAGGACCGUGGAAUAAUUCAGCUCACUGUGCAAGAACCUCCAGAUCCUCCUGAAAUAGAAAUCCGAGAAGUGAGAGCCCGCAGCAUUGCCCUCAGGUGGACCAUGGGAUUUGAUGGAAACAGUCCAAUCACAGGCUAUGAUAUAGAAUGCAAGAACAAGUCUGAUUCCUGGGAUUCUGUUCAACGAACCAAAGAUGUUUCCCCCCAGCUGAAUCAGGCCACUAUCAUUGAUCUCCAUGCUUCCUCCACCUACAAUAUCCGCAUGUAUGCAAAAAACCGCAUUGGCAAGAGCGAGGCCAGCAAUGAGCUAACCAUCACCACAGAUGAAGCCGCUCCUGAUGGACCACCUCAGGAUGUUCAGCUUGAGCCCAUAUCUUCACAAAGCAUUAGAGUAACCUGGAAGGCUCCAAAAAAACACUUGCAAAAUGGGAUUAUUCGAGGAUACCAGAUUGGUUACCGGGAAUACAGCGCAGGGGGCAAUUUCCAAUUCAACAUCAUCAGUAUCGAUACCACUGGGGACAGUGAAGUUUACACUUUAGAUAACCUAAAAAAAUUCACACAAUAUGGCAUGGUGGUGCAGGCCUGUAAUCGCGCUGGAAUAGGACCAUCUUCUCAGGAAAUUAUUACAACAACUCUUGAGGAUGUUCCCAGUUCCCCCCCAGAGAACGUUCAAGCUAUUGCUACAUCACCAGAAACCAUCUCAAUUACCUGGUCUACUCUUGCCAAAGAUGCCCUCAAUGGAAUAUUACAGGGAUUCAGGGUUAUAUAUUGGGCUAACCUUUUAGAUGGCGAGCUGGGGGAAAUUAAAAAUGUUACCACCACGCAGCCCUUGUUAGAGCUUGAUGGCCUGGAAAAGUACACAAACUACAGCAUCCAGGUGUUGGCAUUCACACGAGCUGGAGACGGUGUCAGGAGUGAGCAGAUUUUUACACGCACAAAAGAGGAUGUUCCAGGUCCUCCUGCUGGAGUCAAAGCAGCUGCAGCUUCGGCCUCCACUGUGUUUGUAUCCUGGCUACCACCCAUCAAAUUGAAUGGUGUCAUCCGAAAGUACACUGUAUUCUGCUCUCAUCCAUACCCCACAGUAAUCAGUGAGUUUGAAGCAUCUCCUGACUCAUUUUCCUACAGAAUCCCCAACCUGAGUCGAAAUCGACAGUACAGUGUCUGGGUGGUGGCUGUGACGGCUGCAGGAAGGGGCAACAGCAGCGAAAUUAUCACUGUGGAACCAUUAGCCAAAGCUCCAGCCAGAAUUCUGACAUUCAGUGGCACAGUAACAACCCCAUGGAUGAAGGAUAUUGUCCUCCCUUGCAAGGCGGUUGGGGACCCAGCUCCUACAGUCAAAUGGAUGAAAGAAAGUAACGGGACACCCAGUCUAGUGAUGAUUGAUGGGCGAAGAAGCAUCUUUAGCAACGGCAGCUUUGUCAUUCGUACUGUGAAAGCUGAGGAUUCAGGAUAUUACAGCUGUGUGGCCACUAACAACUGGGGAUCAGAUGAAAUUAUUUUGAAUUUACAGGUACAGGUUCCACCAGACCAGCCUAAAAAUGGUGGCAGCUCUAUUCGAGGUUAUAUACUGCAGUACUCAGAAGACAACAGUGAACAGUGGGGUAGUUUUCCCAUUAGCCCCAGUGAACGUUCCUACCGUUUGGAGACUUUGAAGUGUGGUACCUGGUACAAGUUCACACUGACUGCUCAAAAUGGAGUGGGACCAGGACGAAUCAGUGAGAUCAUAGAAGCCAAAACACUUGGGAAAGAACCACAGUUUUCUAAAGAACAAGAGCUUUUUGCCAGUAUAAACACCACUCGAGUAAGAUUAAAUCUCAUUGGCUGGAAUGAUGGCGGUUGUCCAAUCACCUCCUUUACCCUGGAAUACAGGCCAUUUGGGACCACUGUAUGGACAACAGCUCAACGAACAUCUCUUACUAAAUCAUACAUUGUGUACGACCUUCAGGAGGCAACCUGGUAUGAGCUACAGAUGAGGGUCUGUAAUAGUGCCGGCUGUGCAGAGAAACAGGCCAAAUUUGCAACACUCAACUAUGAUGGGAGUACAAUCCCUCCACUCAUUAAGUCAGUUGUCCAAAGUGAGGAAGGUCUGGCAACCAAUGAAGGGCUAAAGAUGCUGGUGACCAUUUCCUGUAUCUUGGUUGGGGUCUUGCUGCUUUUUGUGCUUCUACUGGUUGUGAGAAGGAGGAGGAGGGAACAAAGACUGAAGAGACUCAGAGAUGCAAAGAGUCUGGCUGAAAUGCUUAUGAGUAAGAAUACAAGGACUUCGGAUACACUUAACAAGCAACAACAGACUUUGAGAAUGCACAUAGACAUUCCCAGAGCUCAGCUUCUGAUUGAAGAGAGGGAUACAAUGGAGACCAUUGAUGAUAGAUCUACAGUCUUGUUAACCGAUGCUGAUUUUGGAGAGACAUCAAAACAGAAAUCAUUGACUGUCACUCACACAGUACAUUACCAGUCUGUCUCACAAGCUACUGGACCACUGGUAGAUGUUUCUGAUGCACGGCCGGGAACAAAUCCUACAACACGAAGGAAUGCAAAAACGGGGCCCACAGCUCGCAACAGAUAUGCUAGCCAGUGGACUCUCAACAGACCCCAUCCCACUAUAUCAGCCCACACCUUAACAACAGAUUGGAGGCUACCAACCCCCAGGGCUGCAGGGUCUGUGGAUAAAGAGAGCGACAGUUACAGUGUCAGUCCAUCUCAAGAUACAGAUCGAGCUCGAAGCAGCAUGGUCUCCACAGAAAGUGCCUCCUCGACAUAUGAAGAGCUAGCAAGAGCAUAUGAACAUGCCAAGAUGGAAGAGCAGCUGCGACAUGCCAAGUUUACCAUCACAGAAUGCUUCAUAUCAGACACCUCCUCAGAGCAGCUAACGGCAGGGACUAAUGACUACACAGACAGCCUAACCUCAAGCACCCCAUCAGAAUCGGGGAUUUGCAGGUUUACUGCAUCACCUCCCAAACCUCAGGACGGAGGACGCGUGACAAACAUGGCUGUUCCAAAGGCACAUCGGCCAGGUGACGUCAUGCAUUUGCCACCGUAUCUUAGAAUGGACUUUUUGUUAAACCGAGGAGUUCCAGGCACUAGCAGAGACCUGGGUUUAGGACAAGCCUGUCUGGAACCUCAGAAAAGUCGAACCUUGAAGCGCCCAACAGUUUUGGAGCCAAUACCUAUGGAAACAUCAUCAACGAGAGAAGUACAGUCAUGGCAACCUGGUGCCGUAGCAACUUUACCUCAGCGAGAAGGAGCUGAGCUAGGACAGGCAGCUAAAAUGAGCAGCUCCCAAGAAUCCCUGCUGGACUCCCGGGGCCACUUGAAAGGAAACAAUCCAUACGCAAAAUCUUAUACCCUGGUAUAA